ACGAAGCGAGCUUGACGUGUUUGGAGCGCAAAAAACUUGAGUGAAUUUUUCUGAAGCAACUGUGCGCUGUGUUAACUGUGCAGUGAGCAGUAGUGAGUGUGUGUGGAAAAUUUAAUUUUGUAUAUUCGAGUUUUUAUGAUUUUAAAUAUAAAAAACGGUGCAUACAAGCACACACACAUACGUAUUGCUGUGUGUACGGAAAUAUUGCUGAAACAGUUGAAGUGAAAGUAAUUAGUGCUUUAGAACCGUUAUUUGCGUGCUGUGGCAUAGACAAACGCAUAUGCUCCGGACUGACUGGCUGAUGGCAAGUUAAAUAUCCUACACACACACACACAUAGGCAUAUUCACAUUUAUAUGAGGGAUUUGUUGCGUGGUUAUUUUUGUCCGUUGCACAUAUGUAUAUAUAUGUAUAUAUAUAUCGGUAAAUAUAUAUACAUAUUCACUGGCACAAAGUGUUCGCCGUUCGCCUAAUCAACGCGUACCGUGCAAAAUUCUGUGUGUGGCCGUUAAACCAAAACAAAAGAAAUGAAGUGAUGGCUAAGCUAUGUGGACUAUAAUGGCCAUGGCAUCUUCCGUCAACCGUCGUCCGUUGCAGCGUUUUGUGACAAAGUCCUUGAAAAAAUGUGGAAAGCAGCAAAAGAAAUGAAACGCGCGUGUGCGGAAUUGCCUAUCAGUGUAUGUUAAAUCGGUAAUGUUACAAUAACAAUAACAAGAAUAAGAACAAGAACAUAAAAUAACAACAACAACAACAAAAACAACAAAAGUAAAAACAAAAACGUCAAAAAACAACAAAAACCAACAAAAAAAGCAAAAAAAGCAAAAACAAAAUCAACAACAACAACAACAAAAAAGCAAAAAAAUACAAACAAUUACAACAACAAAAUUUUUCGUGCAACAAAUGUUCGCCAGCGUUGACUUUAAUGUUGCUCCCUCCAACUUAAUAUGAAACGCGGUGGUUCGUGUAAAAAUAUUAGAGAAUUUUAAAAAUAUUAGAAAAUUCUAAAAAUAUUAGAAAAUUCUAAAAAUAUUAGAAAAUUAAAAAAAAAAAAUAUUUGAAAAAUAUAAAAAAAAUAAUAAUAUUUUGUGGAAAUAUGCCAACUAUAUGAGUUCCAAAUUAGUAUUCACAUUCAACUAGAAGCUCGUCGGCAAAUGCAACACAACAAUGAAAUGCCUGUUGACAACAUGGCCGCGAGUAGAGUGGACAUCAGCAAAUUAUUGUUGUCAACAAACGAAAUCGAAAGUGAAUUUCGCAACAACUGCAAAACGGGCAACGAAAAUCAAAAAGAACACAAAAGUCCAAUGUUUAGGGCAAUACAGACCUACGCUAGCGGACAGUAUCAGCAAACGGCACAACCAAUGUAUUACAAGGAGUCGAACUCACUGUCACAUGACACCGCGUCAGUUGCUCAUCUCACUCUCACUGGUGUUGCUGUUGGUGUUGCAAGCUGAAGUUGUUGUUGGAACGUUGGUGGCUGCGGAGGCGGGCACAACAUCUACGGCAGCCACAUCUGUCAAUUUUAAAAGUAUUAUACGCAUCGGCGAUGGCAAUAUUGUUACCAGAGACUCCAUUGAACAGUCUCUUGUAACGGUACAUGAUAUCGCCACUGAAAAUUUGGGCACCCUAUGCAUAUCUACGCUAUACCGCCCUUUGCAAGUGCCAAUAAAUUCGGAGCGUUAUGAAAGCGCACGACAAAAGGCCGAUCUAGUGGCCUCAAUACUGCAGGAGGUGGGGAUCGUGCGACAUGGUGGACUCAGUGACGCAUUGGCUAAGGGCUUACUGAGCGACGACUCUACCACUGGCGCUAGAAUUUUAGCACUCAACCUUACCAAUGGCGCCGUGCAGUCGUAUGUUUGGUGGGUUAAAAGUUAUCAUGAGAAGACUGGCGAGAUGCAGCGCUAUGAGGAGGAGGGCUUGCAGAUCGGGAAAAAGCCGAUACAGAGUUAUCCAUGGUUCGACGAUGAGAACACAUCGCCCACUUUGCGUUCACCCAAAUUUGCACCAAGCCCACCGAAUAUGUAUUAUAAGGGAUGGUGGACUUUUCCCUAUUUCUCCUGCACAUUAAGCAAAUGGAUACUGUCUUAUAGUAUCGCAAUACCACCGAGUGGAAGACACGGUUUACGCGGCUUCAUCAGUAUCGAUAUCGAUGUAACCGGUCUGCGGGUGAAUCAGUGUGAAGCGCCCAUUUAUCGUUUAAGUUAUCAGCAAAUGCAAAAUCGACGACUGCACCUCACCGAUACACCAGCUCCCGAAUCCAUAGCGGAUAUACAGGCGUUUCAUGGUUCGCAUAAAUGUCAUCGCGAUACUAUGAAGUGCGAUUAUCGCAUUCCCAGCACGGAGGCGCCGACAAUAACCACUAGCAAAAUUCUCACCACACCAAAUAGCUGGUCACGUGGCGCUUACCAGUGUCUUUGUCGGCGUGGUUUCUACUCGAUGCGCCACCCGGACGGUUUCAAUGGCACCAUCAUGGAGAUCGCUUGGAAGGAGCAUCAAGAGAAUGUGAGCAAUUAUUAUGCAGACGUCUUUACUUGUCUGCAAUGCGAGCCCGGCUGUGAUUUCUGUACGGGGCCCGAGCCAUGUUUGGCCAACUAUAAUUGGCCUUUUAGAAUAUCGCUUUUAGUUAUAUCAAUAGGCUGCGCCAUUGGUACUUUUGUGCUGGCCGGAUAUCUCUUUCAUCAUCGCAAAGUAAAAGUUUUCAAGGUGGCCAGCCCCAUAUUUUUAUUAAUCACACUAAUUGGAUGCGCAAUAAUGUAUUUGGAGAUGGUGGCUAUUUUCCCUUACUUGGACAUGACAUGGUGCAUCGUGACCAAGUGGACACGUCACAUGGGAUUUUGUAUCACAUACACAUCUCUGCUAAUGAAAACGUGGAGAGUCUCACUCACGUAUCGCGUUAAAUCGGCACACAAAGUCAAACUCACCGAUCAACAACUUUUGCAAUGGAUGGUGCCGAUACUACUAGUGAUGCUUAUCUAUUUGGGCACAUGGACUAUAUCAGCCACACCAUAUGCCGAAGUGAUUUACGACCAGGGCGGUUUGAAGUUCAAACAGUGCUCUUACAAUUGGUGGGAUCACAGUUUGGCCAUUGGCGAGGUGCUCUUUCUCGCUUGGGGCAUACGUGUCUGCUACAAUGUGCGCAAUGCCGAAUCUUUGUACAAUGAGGCGCGUCUCAUUUCAUAUGCCAUUUACAAUAUUGCCAUUGUUAAUAUAACCAUGGUGGCAUUUCAUCUCUUCAUAUUCCCCAGAGCUGGUCCGGAUAUCAAAUAUCUGCUCGGAUUUAUACGUACACAAUUUUCUACAACAACAACAAUUGCGCUUGUAUUUGGUCCGAAGAUAUCACGUGUUCUCAAAGGACAAGGUGACAAAUGGGAUCAGAAGGCUAAAGUACGCAGUAUAACUGCAUCGUUUUCAUUGAAUGGCGUUGGCCUGGUGCCGGAAGAGUCGCCGGACUUGUAUCAGGAGAAUGAAGAACUGAAGGAGCAAAUCCAGAAAUUGGCACAUCAAAUUGAGUUCAUGAAGACUGUGCAUAUGCAAAUGAAUAAUCGGCAUUUAAAACCAAAACCCGGUGGCUAUUUCACCAUAACAUCGACUUCAUUGCAGGCGCCAUUUAGCAAAAAUACAAUGUCAUCCGCCCAAACACAGACCUCCAAAGGUACUGAGGACUCUCUCGGUGGUAACAAGAAUUUGGGCUUCCCCACCCAUUUAACACCGUCAAAAGUCCGCAUGAAUAAGGAGAAAGUUUGACGAGAUCAGCGAAGUGUAAAAGAUUGCUCAACUGAAUUUAAUUUCCCACACUCAAUAGCUAGUCAUAGCGGUGAACAUACACCGAA